AUGGAUGAGACUAAGCAAUACAUGGCUAGGACAGGCACCCUGUUGAGUAGUCAAGCGGCAGCAAUCCGAAACUUAGAAGUGCAAAUGGGCCAAUUGGCAAUUUCCAGUUCUUCAAGGCAACAAGGUUCUCUUCCAAGUGAUACCAUUCCUAAUCCUAAAGAGCAGUGCAAGGCUAUUUUUACAAGGAGUGGUUUGCAACUACAAGAUCCACCAAUGAAGUUGAGUAUAACAAAGAAGCAACUAACUAACGAUGAAGAUGUAAGUGGGAAUGUAGGGGAGGAGGUUGAAAAACAAGCGUUGCCAGUAGAAAAGCACAAGCCACGAAUUUCGUUCCCUCAACAGUUAAAGAAAAAGAAUCUGGAUCACCAAUUCGCUAAGUUUUUAGAAGUAUACAAAAAGCUCCAUAUCAACAUUCCAUUUGCAGAUGCCUUGGCUCAAAUGCCAACUCACAUGAAGUUUAUGAAGGACAUCCUCUCUAACAAGAGGAAGUUAGAGAAUUUUGAAACAGUCACAUUAACUGAGGAGUGUAGCACCAUCAUUCAAAGGAAGUUGGCACCAAAUUUAAAAGAUUUGGAUAGCUUUACCAUUCCUUGCACUAUUGGUAAUUCAUAUUUUGGAAAAACAUUAUGUGACCUUGAAACAAGUGUAAACCUCAUGCCAUUAUCAGUCUUUCAGAGAUUGGGCUUAAGAGAACCAAAGCCCACAACUGUGCUACUCCAAAUGGUUGAUCAUUCCAUUAAGUACUCAUGGGGCAUUUUAGAAGAUGUGCUAGUAAAAAUGGACAAAUUGAUAUUCCCGGCUGAUUUCAUAGUACUGGAUAUGGAAGAAGACCAAGAUAUUCCUUCAAUCUUAGGAUGA